UUAAAAGCAGUCAUCAUGAAUCCACCCAAGAUCCCAGACACAAUGGCCGCCGUCGUCUUGACGGGGCAUGGCGGUCCCGAGAAGCUCGAAUAUCGCACGGAUGUCAAAGUGCCCUCCAUAGCUGCCAAAGAAGUGCUGAUCCGAGUUUCUGCUGCGGGAGUCAACAACACAGACAUCAACACUCGCAUUGGCUGGUACUCCAAGGGCGUCAAGACUGGUACCGGCACUGGGCCCGGAGAGGGACGGCAGGACGAGGACGCAUCGUGGUCGGGCGUUCCGCUGCAGUUUCCGCGAAUUCAAGGCGCCGACUGUUGCGGCCGCAUUGUCGCUGUCGGGGAGGACGUCGACCCCAGGCGCAUCGGAGAGCGCGUUCUCGUCAGGACCAUGCUCCGCGACUACGUGGACUACCGCCCGUACGAAUGCUGGACCUUUGGCUCGGAGUGCGACGGCGGUUUUGCCCAAUACGCCAAAGCCCCUGCGAGCGAUACACACAGGGUUGACUGUGACCUGAGUGAUGUCGAGCUUGGGGCAAUCCCAUGCGCAUAUUCGACGGCGGAGGGCAUGUUGCAUCGUGCUGGGGUGAAGGCAAAUGAGCGCGUCCUCAUCACGGGCGCGUCUGGUGGAGUUGGCUCUGCAGCCAUCCAGCUCUCAAAACGCCGAGGGGCCUACGUGACCGCAGUCGCGGGCCGAAGCAAGGCGAAGGAGAUGCAGGAAUUAGGGGCUGAUCAGGUUAUCCCAAGGGAAGAAAGCAUCCUUGCCCACGUUGGGAAGGGCACAUUUGAUGUUGUCGUUGAUCUCGUGGCUGGCCCAGCGUUCCCGGACUUGCUAGAUGUUAUAAAGAGAGGAGGGAGAUACGCCGUGGCUGGUGCUAUUGCCGGCCCGAUCGUUGAGCUCGAUGUUCGAACUCUAUACCUCAAGGAUCUCAGCUUCUUAGGCUGUACUUUCCAAGAGGACGAGGUUUUUACCAAUCUAAUCUCGUACAUCGAGCGAGGGGAGAUCAGGCCGCAUAUCGGCAAGGUAUAUCCGCUCAGGGAGAUUACGGCUGCACAGGAGCAUUUCCUUUCCAAGGCUACUGCCGGAAAGAUAGUACUCCAGAUCCCGGGAGAUAAUGAGCCCUUGUGACUUAUCGAUACUAUUGCUCCUAAUUAAGUUUCUUCAUCUA